CCGCCGAGCACUCUCCCUAUCCAUGUCCAUGUCCCAUCCUCCCGACUUUGUCCCAGCUCCAAUCCUCGCCUGCGCCAGAACGCUCCGCCAGCAAUUGCACGCCCGCUCCCAAUCCCUAUCCAUAAUCGAGACUGCCUGUGGCGGACUCCUCUCCUCCACAUUCGUCUCCACCCCCGGGGCGAGUAGUGUCUUCCUCUGCGGGCAGGUACUCUACACCCCUCUCGCGCGCGCUGCGUUCGGUGGGUGGUCGGCGGAAGACGUAGUCGCCUAUUCCGGGCCUGGGACGCAGGUCGUCCUCCGCCUCGCGCGGGAGAACCGGCGUGUGCUGGGGGCAGACUGGGUACUCGUCGAGAGCGGAAUCGCAGGUCCGGGAAGGAAGGAAGAGUGGGAGAACGGACAACCCGGGUAUGUCGCUCUGGCAGUCGUGGGCCCAGGGGUGGAGAGAGCGGUCGAGGUCCGCACUGGGGGGACGGAGAGGGUGGGCAACAUGUGGGAGUUUACGAGGUUGGCGUUGGAGUUACUUUGGGAGUGUGUGGAGCAGACAGAGGAAGGAUGAUGAGGUUAGGUAGAGGAUCAGAACGGAGUGAGAGUUCGUUGUUAUUGUUAUUGUUGUU